CACCUGUAUGCAUUUCUGUGAAUUAUCAGCUUUCCACAUAUAUAAGAGACAGUCAGAAGGAGCUGUUUGGCAGAUACAGAUUAUUGAAGGUGGUGGAAAUCAUGGACCGUUUAAGGCAAAUGAUAAACAAACUUGGCAAGCGUUUGUCCUCAAACAAGCUCUUAAAGUGUGUUUUGUUGAACACUGCAGUUGAACUCUUUGGUUGUAUGAACUCUCCCUCGUUUAUUACACCAAAUCAAAGCUAUUAUUGGGAGAACUUUGAUCACUAUCCUACACUACCAGGUGCAUACUCACAAUCUCCUGAAUUCACUGACACCGCUUUAUCAACAGAAAGCUUGGACACCUUGCAGAAUUUAGAAAGGGAUGCCUUGUCAUGCACGGCUGCAGAUAAUGACUCAAUGAUUGAUACUGAGCCACAGGUUACACAACAGAUCUUCUAUUUCUUGGUUCCUGUAGAUUUAAUUUCACAUGUAGUCUUACAGGACUAUUGUGAUACAGAAAUUGUGUAUGAUUUACUGAAUUGUGUACAAGAAAUUGAUAUUACACCUAGUAUCGCCUGGGACAGUUAUGAUCUCCAUGAAUCAAACAAGAAAAAGAGUUGUGUGCUUGGAAAUGAAACCAUAUGGACCCUGGAUGAUGGCGAUGCAGAAAUCUCCUUCUCCUUGAAUGAUUUACUGAGCUAUGUAGAUGGAAUAGAUGCUACACCUAGUAUCUUCUGGGACAGUUAUGAUCUCCAUGAAUCCAACCAGGAAAUGAGUUGUGCACCUGAAAAUAACUGGAGCACAUCGCAUGAAGAAUUCUGCAGCUAUGAUGAUUUGAUGCUCAUGGAUGCAUCCACGCUAUUUGAAGAUAGGGAGAAACCAGUGUCUUCUACACCAUGGCUUUGUAGAAGAAGAAAAAAGUGCCUUGAAUUGUUUUAGGACUCGGCUAUGAAUGUCUCAUUGCUCUAAAUGUAAAGGAGACCUUUAGCUGCAGCCAAUAUCUAGAAUUGUUAUAUCUACAAGUUCCAAGUCACAGCUACCGUCAGACCUACUAUUAACACCACUUACUCCACUAAGGACACUGGGGUUGGUUUACUAAAACCGGAGUACAAAAUUUGGUGCAGCUGUGCAUGGUGGCCAAUCUCCUGUCAGCCUGAUUAAGGUUUGACCAAAAAAACUGGAAGCUGAUUGGUUUCUAUGCAGAGCUUCACCAGAUUUUGCACUCUCCAGUUCUAGUAAAUCAACCCCAUUCUACUCCUUAUCUAUCUUUCUCCUCACUUAUCUGACACAUAAAAGCACACAAAAGAUCACUGAUUAAGCACAGCAGAUUGCUCCUGAUCCUGUCUAUACCUUUCUGAUUGGUGUUUACCUACUUGUUUUUGAGCCCCCCCCCCAUCACUUUAAAUAUUUAUUAUGGGAACACGAUUUAACCAGUUCUAUUUCCCUCUACUGUGCAUGUCCUUUGAAUAUUUUUUUUAGGUUUCAGAGAACCUGCAAUUUUGCACUAACCUGUCAAGUGAUUGCAGAAUUACAUUUUCAUGGUUCUUCUUGUUUACCUGGACAUUUUAGGAUGAACUGUGCUUUGUCCAUGGAGGGCAAAGCAACGGGGUCACUUUAAAGCCCACUCCCUGCUUGGCUGUUGGGUAUGAUCCCUAGUCAGAGCUUGCACAUUUUUGUCACUAUGCUCCCAAGUGAUGGCACUGGCCCUAUUGUAAAGGAUCAGUGCUGUCAAGCUGUAACUAUCGGGGAUUUCAGUUACUCACGGCAGGGAGAAAACAUGAUUAUAAGGUACCGGGAGACUGGUCUUUAAAAGCAAACCAGUGUUUUUCCUGAAGUCUGGUUUCAGGCUGAUCCAGGGACAUGUAGCAGAAAAUGUACAUUUCUACUAAGUCAUACCAUCAUUAUCACAUUUCACUGAAGUUUGAUUGCAUGCACAAUGAUUUUACAGUUUGUAUUUUUUCACUCGCACAGGUGGUAUAAGUGUACUACGACUUUCU